AAAUCUACCCCCUCCUUUUUUUUUUUUUUUUUAAACCAGGUAUGAUGAUGUCAAACGUGAUGCUGAUGCUACAGUUACAGACACAGCCCCCGCUGGCGCAGCCUCUCUGAUUCUCUCUCCUCCGCGUCCAGCGCUGGGCUUUUUCAGACAAGUGCAUCUGCUAACCAGGUCACAUUUCAGCCACGACCCACCCUCCGUCAGUCACUGGAGUCAGAGCGCAGGAGGAGGGCUGAAGAGGACCGCAACGCCUCGCCAACGGCGCGUUGGAGGGAAGAACAUCAAAUCCUGCAGAAGUCGAGAACCCCCCCCCCCCAAGGUCCAAGCUCAGACCACGAUGAACGCUCCGGGCUACGGGCGGCUGGCGCUGCCGCUGCUGUUCCUCGCAGUGGUCGCGCUGGCUGAAGGCGACACCAAGGGGCUCAAGGAGGGCGAGACCCCAGGCAAUUUCAUGGAGGACGAGCAAUGGCUGUCGUCCAUCUCUCAGUACAGCGGCAAGAUUAAGCACUGGAACCGCUUCCGAGACGAAGUAGAAGAUGACUACAUCAAGAGCUGGGAGGACAAUCAGCAAGGAGAUGAAGCCCUGGACACCACCAAGGACCCCUGCCAGAAGGUAAAGUGCAGUCGCCACAAGGUGUGCAUUGCCCAAGGCUACCAGCGGGCCAUGUGCAUCAGCCGCAAGAAACUGGAGCACAGGAUCAAACAGCCCUCUCAGAAACUCCAUGGAAACAAAGACUCCACUUGCAAGCCCUGUCACAUGGCCCAGCUCGCUUCAGUCUGUGGCUCUGAUGGCCACACCUACAGCUCGGUGUGUAAACUGGAACAGCAGGCAUGCCUGAGCAGCAAGCAGCUGGCGGUGAGAUGUGAGGGCCCCUGUCCCUGUCCCACGGAGCAGGCAACUACAUCCGCCACCGAUGGCAAGUCAGAGACCUGCACAGGACAGGACCUGGCUGACCUGGGGGAUAGACUCCGAGACUGGUUCCAGCUCCUUCGUGAGAACUCCAAGCAGAAUGGCUCAGCCAGCAGUGCAACCAACCCCGCAGGGCUGGACAAGAACCUGGGGGCCAGUUGCAAGGACUCCAUUGGUUGGAUGUUCUCCAAGCUGGACACCAGUGGAGAUCUCUUCUUGGACCAGACAGAACUGGCUGCCAUCAACCUGGACAAAUAUGAGGUCUGCAUCCGCCCCUUCUUCAACUCCUGCGAUACCUACAAAGAUGGCCGGGUUUCUACUGCUGAGUGGUGCCUCUGCUUCUGGAGGGAGAAGCCCCCCUGCCUGGCAGAGCUGGAGCGCACACAGAUCCAGGAGGCAGCCAAGAAGAAGCCAGGUGUCUUCAUCCCAAGCUGUGAUGAGGAUGGCUAUUACCGGAAGAUGCAGUGUGACCAAAGCAGUGGUGACUGUUGGUGUGUGGACCAGCUGGGCCUGGAGCUGACGGGCACACGCAUGCAUGGGAACCCUGACUGUGAUGACAUCGUAGGUUUCUCAGGGGACUUUGGAAGUGGUGUCGGCUGGGAGGAUGAGGAGGAAAAGGAGACAGAAGAAACAGGAGAGGAGGCUGAGGAGGAGGAGGGUGAGGCUGGUGAGGCAGAUGAUGGCGGCUACAUUUGGUAGAUGGCCUUCAAGGGCCUCGGCAGGCCAGGGUGCCGAUGGCCAGAGAGACAGGCCAGAAGAAACCUGGACGACAGCAGACAACUUAGCAAAUGGAUCCGGAAGUCAGUGUGAAGGACCCUGGCUCCAGAGGGGAGACUGGAGUGGAGAGUGCGGUAUGUGUGACGUGUG